ACUUAAUUUCGUUGAUUUCAGAUAUCGUUUUUUGUUUGACAUCCUGUUUCAGACGUCUUGAGGAAGAAGAUAGACUAACUCCCAGGGGACCUUACACACUCCGGUUUCAACCGGUCACACUCAAGCCGUCUAGUACUACCAUGUGAUAAGUUGCUAGGGACUCCCAAUCCCAUAAUAACAACACAGACCAUUAUGACCCAGCUGGAGAACUCAGCCAGGUGCUUUUUGAAGCUUUUCCAUUAGGCUGACAUGGUGUCUGGAAAAACAGGUAUGUUUUUUGGGGGACAUGGUUAUGUCCAAACAAUCAUGGUGAAAAAUAUUCUAAAGGUCUGAUGCUUCUUCUAACAUAAUGAACAGUACCGGGUUGCAUAUUGGUCUCCGAACACUUUUGUCCUUUGUAGGGCUGGGAUCCGGAUCUUGUCCGUCAAAGAGGAUCUUGGAACUUGCACAGCACAAAGAGUCGAGAACAAUCUGGAUCACAACGGUUUGUCCAAAGCUUACCUGGGGCAACCAGGAGUUGAUAUGGCCCUUGUCCUACUCAGCGCUGGGAGCAGUUCCAACAGAAAGAAUCCAAUACCUAGCUAAGCACAAAAGGUACACCUCAGCAUGGGAGGGCCUUCGGAAAGAGGAGGUGGUGAACUCCUCCAGGAAGACAUUACGUCCUUCCUCCAAGUCAGCCCAGUAUGAGCGUAUUGUCCGCCUGUCAACGCCCAAGAUCAGGUCCCAAAACUCCCAGGAUACAGAGCCUCCCCACAUUUCACCGUCUGAGUACAGGCGCCCUGUCUGGCAUAUCGAACCCGGAGUGAAACCAGCAAAGACCUCUCCACGGCUGUUACAGUUGGCCACACCCAAAGGGAACCCCCACAACUUCCAAAGCAACAUUGAGAACGUGGAGACCAAGGUUUCUUAUGCUGCCAAAAAUGCCAAGACCACACCCAGGCUGGACCUGCUCUCGGUAGCCCGGUGGAGGGCCAGUAGCAUGUUCUUUGAGCGUGGACAACCAGAGGACCCUAUUUGGCCAGUGUCAAGGGGAGCCCGGCAUGCCAAAGCAUCUUUACGACUUGAAACUCUAUCAGCUUCUAAAGGGCUGAACAAGGACUACAUCCCUCCGAGAGACCUGCCGCCAUUGUGAGCUUUCUUGUCCGUCAAGGUCCAGGUUAGUGCACAAUGUGCUAGAGAAAUGGCAGAUAAGAAAGGCAAAAUAAGUAGGGACAUAUUAAGGAAAGGGUUAAAAGCUUAGAUGUUUCAAAACAUGUCUCAAAAUCUGCCAGUUAAUGUUUUUUUCUUUUUUUUUUCUUGCACAUGAUAGAAUGUUACAUUGCAGCUGGACCCCAUCAGAUAACCUGGCACACAGAAGCUCUAUUCUUUAAAUAGUGCAGGUCAACUUGGCCUCCGGAGGGAUAUUUUAAUGUUUACUUUUGUUCCGACUGUCAUAUUUUAAGAAAUGCCAUUGGUGGAUAUAAAGUUUAAGAUCUUUGAUAACGGUUCCGGAAUUUGUUACAGGAAAUAAUCACUUUCAGCUGGUGAGGUUAUCUGAUUGGAUCAGCUACAGUGUUAACAUUCUACAUCACUUGAAACUAAAUCAACUUUUUUUUAUUGUCUGAUGCUCAUUUUGAGACAGAGAAAAAGUGAACUUAUUUUUUUUUAAGUAUGGCACCCAUGGGGCCCCAAAUUCAAUCUGUUUUGUGCCAUGACUGAGAUGGUGAAACUGUCUGGACACUCUCCUGGGAGUUGUUUUACAAUCAUGUGCAAUAAGAAGUUUGUUCACUCUGACAAAUAAUUUGCAUUACAGUUCAUUUUAUUUUGCAAACAGCCAAAUAACACAGGCAACUCUCAUACCAUGGCAUUGUCACUUCUAAGAUCCAGUAGCCCCUUUUUCUAAGAUAAUGUUUCACAAGGUUUGCCUUUUUUCAUAUCAAGGUCAGGCUUCCAGCCACCCUUUGCUGUAUCACCACAGUUUCAUUUACAAAGGGCUAGCUGUGAGCUUAGUUUCAAAUGCACAUUAUUCCCCUUUUACACUGCAGGCUCGUGGCAACAUUAUGUGAAAGUGGACGCAGUGUCUUUCAACAGGGUCAUGUGGAUUUAGUGCAACGUGGGAGGGCUGGAGUUGCCGCCGUCACAUUUUGUCACCUGCUGUGUAAAUAACAAGCGCAGACGAACAGCGAAGUGCUUACUGACUGGCCACUACUGAAGAGUCAAGCGGGACUCAGAAGGCCAGACUUCAAAAGCAGAUCCAGGCGUCCCACUGGGGCCUAAUCUGGGAUAAGCCUACAGUGAUCUUGACCUGGGAUUGCAUGCUAAAUAGGGAUAUUGCGAGGCAGAGGGGACUGGAAGGGCUCUCCUCCACUGCUUGACUUCCCAUAGUGUACCUGUUCCUAGACUGGAGACUGCUGGUUAUCUGUCUGUGUGGGGCACACCAGCCCUGUCAGCGAUUGGCUGCCUCACUGUAUCUGAAUCCAGCUGGUUAGCCGAGCAUUAGGGAGACUGAUCUGGGUUUGGCAGAGAACUGCAACUCUACAUUAAGCUUUGUAGUGUUUAUCAAUAGUAAACAGGGACAAUUAUAAUCAACUAUUGACUAUUUUAUUAUUAAUUGGUAUUAAGUAGCUUUGUGUGAGUGUGUGUACGUGUGUGUGUACUUAAAUCACCAAAGCAAACUCCAAAUGAAGAUUUGAAAAUGUUUAAUUACUAAGUGGAACUGCUAUCUAGAGGCUUUGUAGCCACAGUACAUAGCGUUUUGAAUACUGAUUCUGGAAGUACAGAAUCUAUAAAUUCCUCAGCUUAGUCCAACUUAUACCCAACAUACCCAUCAGAACAUAAAAUUGUACAGUUGUUUUACUUUUAACGUAAACAAACACUAAACAUGUUUAAAAUGAUAGUAGUUUUACACUAGUUACAUUUCUAGAUACUUAUUCAUCUGCUUUUUUACUUAUGCAGAGGUAGGGUGAGUGUCUUGUUAUUGUUAACAUCAUGGAUCCCAGCUUAAACUGAUUUCACAGCAUCUCAAAUUGAUGCACCCACAGUGUACCCCACCCCACCUUUGAUUUUAUAAAACAUGCAAGACAGGUUAGCGAACAGAUGAACACUCAAAUAAUUUAGAAUAACACAGAAAACCAGUUUACCUAGGAGCUUCAGUUCAUCACCCUACUGCAAAUAGAAAAGGCUGGUUUAUUUCAAGCUUUAAAGAGGUUCCUAAAGUUGUUAAUUCCAAUGUGGCAUUUCAGACCUGAUUUCUCUCAGCAAGAAGUGAUCAUUUAUAAAUCUGUGAACUGAAUCAAGGUACAUGAACAAACAGCACAUUCCCUCCGGCCAAUGACGAUUCUGGUGUAGACUUCCUUGUCGAGCAACCAGCUUGAUAAGAACCAGAAUGGCAUCUGAGGACAAAAACCUUGACUCGGACCGUCUGAAGUCCACUGGGAUGUGUUGCGGUGAAGGAGGGACUUAAUAACCAAUUAAAUGUUGCAAAGAAAAAGUUAAAAAAUUCACAGUGGCCAGCUGGACCAAUUAAUCUUCGGGCAUUUGAUGCUCACUGGACCAGGGGUGACAGAUUCCACACAGACUCAUGUUGUCCUCUUAGCAACAGACAAUGCCAGGGCCAAUUCAAAUUCCAUACACACCACAUUGGCCUCUUAUAGCAAGAAUUGUAGAUUCAGGGAUGACAUAAAAUGUGAUAUAGCAUUACCUUCUGGGUAAAUGUUGUCAGUGGUUGUUGUUACAUAUCAAUGAAGUAGCCAUGGGAUCGUUUAUUUACCAUUUGUCUUUUUGACUGAUUUGUUUUUGCCUGUUUUCUUUCCCAGCUGCGACACAAAUCAUGAUGUCACACAAUGACUUAAGAGAGACAUGAGGGGAGAAUAUUCUUCGGCAGUAGCUUGGCGAAUGUUUAGCAUUUGGUGUGAUCGCUGCACAACUCUGAAUAAACUCACUUGUUUCCUCUGUGGGUGUGACUGUCUUUUUUUUUUUACACAUUCAGCUGAACUGGGUGAAAACAAUACACACUAACACAGGAAGUAGUUCCACAGUGUAUGCAGGAUGCGCCAGCUGAGCCCCACCAGUAUCUGUCACCACACCAACAGUCAAACAGAUCAUGGGGAAGAUUUCAUUAGGACCAGAACUACCUGUUGAGUUGCUAUCGGAUUCUGUCAGUUUGGUUACGCGUUUUCGCACGAUCAGUCUGUCAUUGCCUCAAGUGCAGAUCUUUCCCCUGUACACAUAUAAUCAAGAUGUAUCCCGUCCUAGACAGCUGAGAGGACAAGUGGAUGGCAUCACCUGCUGGUGGCUGUGUGCUCCGAUCCCAGCUCGCAUGUCCAAAGCCUUUCCGUUCAAAACCUCUCCCAUUGGGCCCCAUGUUAAAGGGCCCGGGAGAUUCCUAAUGUGAGUGCAGUCUCACAUCUUCUGUACACCCAUUAAAGCCCAGUGUUAUUCAGACUCAUGCUGAGAGAUACACAAAAACAAAGCA